AUGGACGCCGAGCUGCUGCGGCGCGUGGGCUUCUUCUGCGCACUGUGGACGCUGCAGAGCUGCGCGACCGUGCUGGGGGCCAUCUCGCGGGACGCCAUCUUCCUGCGCUCCUACGCGGCCUCGAGCGUAGCGGGCCUAACUCUGGCGCUGUCACUGUCCACGGCCUACGCGCUGACGCUGGCGACGCAGCUGCUGGAGCGGCUGGCGGCGCGUCCUGUGCGUCCUGGAGUGUACUACGCAAUCAGCCCGCUGGUCCUAGGCUCCGUCCUAUUAUGUCUCACUCUUCUGUCGCUAGUCGCGCCCCCAUUGGCCCGCGCGACCUCGGUCCUACUGUACCUCUGGCUUGAAGUGUCGACCCAGUGGCUCACCCAGCAGUUCUGGGACCUGUGCGCCAAGGCCUUCGACGUGGCCCAGUCCAAGAAGUUCUUCGGGGUAAUUACAUUUGGGUCGACGUUCGGAAGUUUAUUGGCCAGCUUUUUCGUCCUGCCAGUUAUCCAGAGCAGGCAGCUGCCUACGGAGAUGAACCUGCUGGUGGCUGCUGCAAUCCUGUUCUUCAUCGCCGGGGUCCUGCUGGUAUCGGCCGGACACUUUGCAUCUGCAGGAUCAGGCCAAAAUGCGUUUUCAAAGACGACGAAGAAUAGGGCCCAGGAUAAGUCCAAGGAUCCUGCAGAUGCGUCCUCCUCUGCGGCUAUCAUCGGGGAUAUCCAGGCCAGGACCUACUUGAAGCACAUUUGCUUCUUCGACAUGAUGGCUACAGUCAUGCGGGUUUUGGUGGACAAUACGACGCUCUCGGUGGUGUCGCUGCAGCCAGAAGAGGAGGUCAAGGCCUCGCUGUCGAUGAUCAACGGACUGCAGAGCUUCCUCAUGAUCCCCAUGCAACUUCUGUCGGGCUCGUUCUUCACGCAUUUUGGAGUCAUGUACGGCAUUGCGAUGCUGCCAGUGUCCAUUUUCCUGUUCGGAGCUUCGACUUAUGUUUCCAGUUCCGCUUACUCGCUGAUUUUCACGCGAGCGCUGUACAAUGCCGUCUCGCAGGCGAUUUUCAACCCGGCGAGGCAGUUGCUGUGGCUGCCUUUCAACGAGAACGAGCGGGGUCGUUUCCAGAAUUUCGUUUGCGGCCCGUUCCGCUCGCUAUCUCGAAUCUUUGGCGCUGUGCUGUCCAUGGUUUUGACGGCGACCAUUGUCGUCCACUUCAUUGGAACGUCGUCGACGAGUGUGUUAAUGAUCGCGACGUCGGCAGCGUGGUUCGUUGAUGCGCUGGCGGCCAGGAAGUCGUAUGCGUCGGAGUUUUACGCCUCGUUACGACAGGGCUACUUGGAUUUGACCUCCCCGCUUGUUGAUUUCACACCUGACCAGAUUUUGCUGGUGAAGGAAACGUUGGUGAACGGCGAGCAGAACCAAGCCAACUUUGUGCUAAGCUCGUUAUCCCACGAGCACAUUGGUCUUUUCUCCCAGGAACUGCGAUCGCUGUUCUACAAGAAAAACCGAGAUGGUCUACCUGUCACACCCAUGCACACGAAGUUGCGCUUGCUGAACCUUCAUACGGCCGCGAAGCGUGAGUUUGUGCUGCAUGCCCAGGAAUCGUAUUUGCUUCCUGACUCGAGCACGUUCCCCACCGGAAUAUUCAACACGAUGGACCUAAUGAUGCUGGUGAAGGACAAGUCGGUCGCGGUGCCACGCCAGCUCCGAGUUGCGGCGAUUUUGGCGUGUGGCUACGAGAAGUUUAACAUGAACGCGGACCAGUGCUCGGAGAUGCUGCACAAGUUACUUCGUAGCGGCGACGAAGACAAGUCGGUGGUUGUAUGCGCUGCUGUGGCGUUGCUACGGAUCUCUGACUGGAUGGAUGAAGAGGCGAACGUUAUUCUUCAGCGACUACUUCACGAAGAGAAGGUGCUGGAAGCGCGUGUUGUGGGCCUGAAAAUUGUCGGCAAAGAGUUACCGGAGCUGUUAGGCGAUGGGUUCCUGGUCUAUCUUCUCCACCACUCGUCAACUCAGAUUAUUCAGGCCGCGGUGAAGUGUUGUACCAACAGCUCGCGCAACUCCCGAAUGCUCAUCCCGGCGUUGAUGAAGCACCUGUCAAACUCGGUGCUGCGCUCUCAAAUCGUGGCAGCGUUAAAAGGGUUUGAACCCGCUGCGUUAUGGGGACCGCUAUGCCAGUACACGGAAGAAAUUCUGCAGUUGCCAACUCAAGGCCUGAGCAACUACGCGCUAGCUUCUGACCGGAUCCACAGCAAGAGAGAGGGACUGGCAGGCGCACUCAAGGUUCUCGACCUCGGAGAUUUCCCGUUUGAAGACAAGCUGGACUUCCUGCUACACCUGAUUGAGACGCUGCUAGUGUCGUCCAAGUCGCCUGAUGAGGAAGUGGUCGAGCCGAGCAGCAAUACUGAUGUCUUGCAUCACCUUUUCGGGAAAGAUGUCGUCAUGGAAGAGCUGGUUGUUGACGCACUGCUAUCGCUGGUUUCGUCGACAGAUGAGAAGACUAUGAACUCGUUUUCGCAGUUGAUGGAUCCUAUUCACCACGCUUUGAGCAUCAAGAUCCGCGAGGCACAUGAAAUGCGUCACGUUCUGGAGCUAUUUUUCCAGAUUUGUCCGCGCACUGUCACAAACAUCGAGGAGACUUCUCCGCUGCUAUUACAGCACGUCGAGCACAGCUUGAAAGAUACGCUUCGCCUCCUACUCAAGUUACUGUCUACAGGGUUUCCGAAGGAAUUUGAUGUCUCUGUCAUUCUGGAAGGCUUGCAGUCCGAUUUGGGCCAAGUCCACUCCGCCAUUCAGGAGGUGCUGGAGAAUCUUCUCCCUUCGGCUUACAAAGGCUUGGUGCUACCUUUGCUUUUCCCGAAACUAUCAUCGACAAAGGCAGCGUCAAAGAUGGCGAAAAGCAUCGUGGCGUUAUUUGGUGGCAAGGACGGUGUGGACAUUUUGCUGGACGUCAUGAAACACCAGGAAACGGAGCUGGAGCUGUCAGCCCUCGCUCUCCAGUACUUCCUGCACAUUGCUGGAGACCACAGCGAGCACCUCAACGAUGCCGCGAAGCUAACGUUCCAGGACGAAAUCAUCCCGAGCUUGCUCAACUACGAGCUCACCAAGGAGCUGCUGAUUGAAACGUAUCACAGCCGCCCGGAAGUUUUACCGUAUGAGUCUGUUACGUCGCUUAAGGAGUGCGAGCCCCCACUACUGUCGCGCAUCGCGGUGGCAAACUGUCUGCGAGUGUCUUCGCUGUUUGAGAAUGUGUGCGCGAUCAGUAUUUUACGGGUGAUAUCGCACCACUUCGUGCCGAUGUCCGUGAAGCGCGGAGAAACGUUUGCUGCCGAAGGAGAUAUUGCAUCUGCGAUGUAUGUCGUUGCUACAGGCACCGUCCAGCUCCACAAGGAGAGGAGGAUUUUAGCCGAGCUGGGCUUUGGCACUUGUGUUGGGCAGGCUGCUCUGCUGCAGCACUCUCUGCACGCCGGAACGCACAUUUCCUCCGCCACCGCCCUCACGGACUGCACCCUGCUCAGCAUUUCACGGGAAGAGCUCGACGCUUUGAUCAAGGAGACUCCGCAAGUGUCGCGAGGCGUGCUUAAUGCAGUGGCCUCGUCUCUUCAGCUGCUGUACUUCGAGCCUCUUCGCGCUAUUGCUCAGUCUGGAAGUCUCCCUCGCCGUGACCGAAGGGCUUCUUUGACUGCGGAGACCGCACACUCGGACAGCGAAGCCGACCACCCGAUGCUCAAGAUGACCGAGUCGCUGACGACCAACAUCAAGGCCGCGCUCUCAGUCGACCGAGCGGCCAAGUCGUUCCUGUACAACGUUGGCCGCUCUCGUACAGCCCCUCGCAGUGCGCCGUUGUCGCUACCAGGGGCCAGAGGCAGACGCCGGAGUCUCAGCAACUCGCAGCCGAUCGGCCGGAGCUUGAGCUCGGAUACCUUGACGUCCAAAGGGCUGCUCACGCUCUCAGACCCCGCCGACUACACAACGUUCGAGAAGUGCAUCCACCUGAAGGCGUCGCACCUGAUGAGGAACCUCGACGACGAGAAGGUCUCGCUUGUGGCGCUAUUAUCAAGAGUUGUGGUGUUCGGGCACGGAGACGUGCUGUACUCGAACGGCGCGAAGGUGGACUGUGUCUAUGUUAUCAUCGACGGCACGAUGGAGAUUGCUAGCGCACAAGGCGACGCAGCUAGUGACUCGGCACAAACGGCGACCUCGAUCAAGCUUCACGAUGGCGACUGCUUCGGAGAAGAGGUACGUACAUACGCAGCUUAG